AUGUCAGCAUCCGAAGCUCAUCAUGGUAUACGAAUCGCUUGCACACCGUGUUAUCGCAAGAAGAUUACUUGCAACAAAAAGCUGCCGUGCGAAAGGUGCACCAGAUUAAAACUGGCUUGCGAUGAACGGUUUUCCGACAGAUACAAGAGUCGCCCUCCAGCGCAACCAUCAGAACCUUCAGCGAGUGAAGAAGCCGAGUCGUCUGCCCAAACACGUCAAGCCCAGGAUGCUCCAUCCGUUGAGCGAGGGCGAACCAGCUCUGUGGGCAGCUCCAGAAGUGAGGACACCCCUCAGAUUCAGGUUAGCCCAAGCUUCUCUUUGCAUCCAACCUCCCAAUUGCACCGGAGAGUUGUAGGAUUGCAGGAUCUCCUCAACAGUGGGUUAAGUUCACCGCCAUCAAACAUCGCACAUUCUAAGAUUACAGCGCCUCCUCGGCCCAUCUUUUAUCGGGCUAGCUAUCCGUAUGCUUCUUUCAAGAGAUACCUCGACACUACGGCACCCGAAGUCUUUGAGUUUGCACACGAUGGAUCAGGACUUGUUUCAGACUCCGCCAUUCAAGCCGGUAUUCAGUUCCGGUUAUCUUCUACGCAGUACGCAGGUGUGCCGAAGCUCUGGUUAUAUCGUUCGAACCUAUUAGAGUCAAUAGCUCAGCAUUUACGAUCAUCCGGGGAACAGCGAUAUGGAGAAGAAGGAUGUAGCAACAUCACCUAUGGCUCAAGCAGCACCAUGAUAAUCUCGUGUUUCACCCUGUUCUCCGGGAAGGGACACGGAAGACAUGGUUUAGUCCUCCCAACUGACUUAGGCGGAGUUACAAUCCAAUGGCUGCGACCCAUCAACCUCCUAACGUUUAGAGCAUGGAGGGAAAACAACAAUUUAUUAUAG